UUACAUCAAAGUCAAGCCAUUGCUAACCAUGUCCUUUCUCACUCUUGAUUACUUGCAGGUGCGUGCUAUGGAGCAGCGGCUCAGUGAAUGGCCAAAGCCCCAAGCACAACAGCAACAACAACAACAACAACAACAACAGCAGCAGCAACAGUCGCAGCAGGGCACUGCCACCAGCUCGCCCAUACAUCAACAGCAGCAACAGCAGCAGCAACAGGCGAUUGCCGCUGCAGCCUUGGCCGCUGCCUGCCAACAGAGCGUCACAGGCACAACAGGCGUGGCCGUAGGCGUGGGCGUGGGUGUGUGCCUGCCCAGCAACGAGGCGGAGAAGACAAUUAACUCACUGGAGAUACAGGUGGAGGAGCAACGACAGCUGCGCCUGCACGACGCACGCCAGAUCGAGGCCAAGGCCGCCAAGAUCAAGGAGUGGGUGAACAACAAGCUGCGCGAUCUCGAGGAGCAAAAUCAACUGUUGCGCGAACAGAACAUCAAGUGCAACCAGCAGCUGGAGCUGCUCAAGAAUCACAUAGCCAAUCAGUCGCAGCGCCACAGCAUUGUCGGGCCGGUGAGGAAUAGCCUGAGCCUGGACGUGCAGGACUUUGCGAGCACGCCGGAAACGCGACGACGCAGCGAGAGCCUCGACCCGCAGGAGAUCAUCAGCCGGCCAUUGACCAGCUCCUAUCCACAUCAUCAGCAUCGACGCAAUCUCUCCAUGGAGCCGCAGGAGCUGGAACGCAACCUGGUCGCGGCCGUUGAUGGGCUCACCCUGGCGCCGCUGUCGAGCAUCUCCAGCAAGGCGGCGCAGACGGCCACGGCCAGCACACGGCCGGACAGCUCCGACACGGACACGGCGCACGACUAUGCCGAGAUCUAUACGCCCUCGUGCGAGAAGCUGCCCGCCUGGAUGAAGAACAAUCCGGCGCUGAUGGCCAGUGGGGGCAACUCGAGCACCACAACGACCACCACCAGCGAACUGGGCGUGCCCAGGCCGCCGACGCCGCCGCUGCAUCGCUUCCCCAGCUGGGAGGCGAAGAUCUAUCAGGUGGCCAACGACGGACUCGCUGGCACCAGCACCGCCGAGAGCAAUGCCAGCAAUGAGCCGACGCCGGAUGUGCAGGAGCACAGUUUGACCCUAUCGAAUGGGCGUGGCACCGCCCCAAGGCACGGCCAUGGCCCUGGCCACGAUGCGAACGGUACGCUGGGCAGCAGCGGCACGCCGGGCACGCCCCAGCCACCGACGCGACAGCAACAAACCGCCAGCGGCGGCUUCUGUGAUAUAUCCGUGCCCGUCUAUGCCACGGUGAAGGGGCGUGCCUCACAAAUACGCUCGAUGCCCUUCACGGGCGACUCGAGCGACGACUCCAGCGAUGGCGAGGAUCAUGCCGUCAUGCUGACACACAACUCGCACAACUCGUCCAGCACAGAUAAUACGGAGACCUCCACGUCUGGCAGCGCGUCGAGUCCAUCGAAGAGUCUGAAGACCUCAUCGAGCCUGAGUCCAGCCAAGCGCAGCGGCUCCGAGAGCCCCAAGAAUGUCAAGGCGCGUGUCCACACACGCUUAACCACACCACACCAGUCACAGCAACACCAACAACAACAAAAACAACAGCAACAACAACAGCAACAGCAACAACACCAUUAUCAGCAUCAUCACACGCUGCCGCACCCGCAGGCGCCGGCACUGGCGCCCGUGCACAAUGUACAGAGCACGCUGCCACGCCUACAUACGCCCACAACUGGCGCGCAGCUGACGCAACUGCGCGUGAGCCCUCACAUGCGUGGCACAGUAAUUUCAGAUCUUUCCUUUGAAUCAGGCCUCUCCGACGACUACGCCCUGCCCCCCGAUGCUGUCUCCGAAUCGACCUGCAUGGACGCCUCGAUGCCGUCGCUCUUGAUGCGUCAAUCGUACGUGGACUCGCCGAGCAAGAAGCUCGAAUCGCUAGAGAAGAUGGGUCACCUGGCCAAGCUGGGUGGCAAACUGAAGACCUGGCGCAAGCGUUGGUUCGUCCUGAAGAACGGCACGCUCAACUACUGGAAGAGCCAGCACGAUGUGCAGCGCAAGCCACAGGGCCAGAUCCUGCUGGACGAGGCCUGCCGCAUCAGCCGGGCCGAGGGUGCCUCCACCUUCGAGAUAGACACGGGCAAGAAGGUCUACUACCUGACCGCCGACUCGCACGCCACCAUGGACGACUGGAUACGCGUGCUGCAGAACGUGCAGCGGCGCAAUGCCACCAAAUUGCUGCUCAGCCGGGACGACCAGAAGCCCACGGUGCAGGGCUGGGUGACCAAGGUGAAGAACGGCCAUGCCAAGAAGUGCUGGUGCGUGCUCCUGGGCAAGAUGUUCCUCUACUUCAAGGCGCCCGCUGAGACGAAUCCCCUGGGUCAAAUCAACAUGCGUGAUGCACGCGUGGAGGAGGUCGAGCACGUGUCCGACUCUGACUCGGAGGAGCGCGAGGAUGCCGCACAGGAUCAGGCGCGCCUCACCGUGGCCAUCUACCCGGCCCACCAGGGCCCCACGUAUCUGAUUCUGUCCGGUAAGCCGGAGCGCGACAACUGGCUAUAUCAUCUGACCGUCGUCUCGGGCGGCGGGCCCAGUGCGGGCACACAGUACGAGCAGCUGGUGCAGAAGCUCAUGGAAACGGACGGUGAUCCAAACUGCGUGCUCUGGCGUCAUCCCAUAUUGCUGCACACCAAAGAUACGAUCACAGCUCCCCUAUCCUCCAUGCACACGGAGACCAUGCAGCCGGAGGCUAUAAAGCUAUUCAAGAGCAUCCAGCUGUUUAUGUCCGUGGCCGUCAAUCAGCCGGGCAUCGAUUACCAUGUGGUGCUCGCCCAAAAUGCGCUGCAGCAUUGCCUGGACAUGCCGGAGCUGCAGACCGAAAUGAUCUGUAUUCUGAUAAAGCAAACCUCCCGACAUAUGGGCCAGAAACUAAGUGUCGGUGUCCAGGUAAACAAGAAACUGGGCAAGCAAACGCGCCAACUACUAUUGUGCGCCACCCAAAGCCUGUUCACCUGUGAUACCCAACAGGCUGGCCAGGCUCAGGCCAACGGCAGUUCGCCCACAUCGAUACAGGCGCCCGUCUCGACGCCCAUCAUCGACUGCAAGUCAAAUCCGCCCGCCUACAGCUUUGUUCAGGGCUGGCAGCUGCUCGCACUGGCCGUCUCCCUGUUUGUGCCCAAGUCCAGUCGCCUGCUGUGGUAUCUCAAGCUGCACUUGUCCCGCAACGCGGACACCAAAACGGAAACGGGCAAAUAUGCCGCCUACUGUGAGCGCGCCCUGGAGCGCACCCUGAAGAAUGGGGGGCGCGAAACGAAGCCAUCGCGCAUGGAGGUGCUAUCCAUAUUGCUGAAGAAUCCAUAUCAUCACUCCCUGCCGCACGCCAUACCCGUUCACAUGAUGAACGCCACGUAUCAGGUGGUUUCCUUUGACGGCUCUACCACCAUCGAGGAAUUCCAAACAACAUUGGCCCAGGAGCUGGGCACUCGCGAUGCCAACAACGGCUUCUGUCUGUUCAGCGAUGAUCCGAUCGAAAAGGAUUUGGAGCACUAUCUGGAGCCGCUGGCCAAGCUGUGCGAUGUGAUCAGCAAGUGGGAGACGGCGCUGCGUGAGAAGGGCUCCGGCAAGUUCGAGAACUCGCGCGUCAUCCAGCUGAGCUACAAGAACCGGCUCUACUGGAAGCACACCAUCAAGUGCGAGACGGACAAGGAGCGGCUGCUGCUCUGCUACCAGACCAAUGCGCAGAUCGUGCAGGGACGGUUCCCGCUCUCGCGAGAGCUGGCCCUGGAGCUGGCCUCGCUGAUGUCGCAGAUCGACAUGGGCGACUACUCGCACGAGAAGUCGCGCGACGUGGGCCUCAAGGCGCUGGACAAGUUCUAUCCCUAUCGCUAUCGGGACGCACUCGGCGCCGACCAGCUGAAGGAUGUGCAGGAGCUGCUCAUAUCCAAGUGGACGCUGCUCAAGGGCCGCUCGACGCUGGACUGCGUGCGCAUCUAUUUGACCUGCUGCCGCAAGUGGCCCUACUUCGGCGCCUGCCUGUUCCAGGCGAAGCCGCGCCAGUGCGAGCCGCACACCACUGCCGGCACGCCCGUCGCCUGGCUGGCCGUCGCCGAGGAUGCGCUCAACGUGCUCGAGCUGUCGACGAUGGCGCCCGUGGCGCGCUAUCCGUACAGCACGGUGAUGACAUUCGGUGGCUGCCAGGACGACUUCAUGCUGGUCGUCUCGCACGACGACGGCACCCUGGCCGGCGGCUGCGAGCAGAAGCUGCUCUUCGCCAUGAGCAAGCCGAAGAUCUUGGAGAUAACGCUGCUCAUUGCGGACUACAUGAAUGCGCUGGGCCACACCGUGCCGGGCACACCGCAAAUGAAUUCGCUCACGCGCAACGGCUCGCAUCGCUCGCUGCGCACCUCGCAGCGGCCGGGCGUCGGUGUUGGCGGCGUCGGUGGCGUCCCGGGCCUCACUGCCGUCGGCGCAGCUGGCAGCAUCACUGGCUUCUCCACAAAUGCCACCACCACGGCCCACAACACGCUCAACUCGCACGCCACCCACACGCUUAACUCGACGCACUCGCACACGCUCAGCAGCUCGCACCAUGCGGGCGGUGCUGGCGGUGCCGCCACUGGUGGUGGCAGCCACCAGGGCACGCUCAACUCGCAGUCGGGCGGCAGCCAUCAUCAGCAUCACCAUCAUCAUCCGCAUCAGCCGGAUAUACUGAAGAGCACGCCGGAUCAUCAGCGCAUCAAGUGAGCUGCGCCCAGGGGCGGGGCGUGUACAGAAGUGCAUAAAUAAGGCAGACAGAGGAGAUGCAUCUAUAAGUAGAUAUAUGCAGCAUAUAGUAUAUACACACACGUAUAUCUAGGCAACGCCGUGCAGUCCGUGCCACCAACUGUACUUUGCGCGCUUCUCAACACUAAACAAGAACGUUCUUUCCUAAGCUAAGCUAAUAACGGUACUCGUACUCUAAAGCCCAUACAAGCGUAUAUUGUAAACAGAACUUUUUUUUUUGAAUAGUCUUAAGUCGUACCCCACGCCAGGUACAAACAUAUACUAUACAUGCAUAUACAUACAUAUGUAUAUGCAUACACAUAUAUAUAUAUACGUAUAUAUAUAUUCAUUCUGUAUGUCUCUUCAACGAAUUUUCUUUUGUGAUUUUCUUUUGUACAGCAGUUUGUGCAAAUCGCGUUUCAGCACCGUCUUCUUGUUCUAUUCGUUUUCACUACUUUACUCUCUCACCUAUGUAUACUCGUAUUGUACAUAUAGUACACACCUUUAUAUAUGUACACUCAUAUAUACAUAUAUAUAUAGAUAUAUCCGAUAUUCUUGCUAAUUAAUGCUUCGUCAUGAAUCUCACUUUGUCCCUCCAUGCUCAAAAACUGCCUUUUGAAUGUAGAUGAUGAAGAAGAAGAUGUAGAGAACAAAACCAAGAUAAUGAAACAAGCCAAAAACAACAACAACAACAAAAUUAUGCUGAAAUCGCAAUAAUUUGCAUUAGGGUUUACCCUAGAGCAACAGUGUGGAAGAAUUAACAAUUGUAUAACCAUAUUUUGUAUAGUGUUUUUCAUGUCCAGACAUAGGAUACAAUUUUUUUUAUUAAAAUAUGUUUUUUUUUUCACAAUUUUUUUUUUUUUUAAUGAUAAACGAAAGUAAUUGAGGAAUUAGAUAACGUAGAGCAUAGGCAUAGAUGGCAUAGAGACUAGACAUUAUCAUUAUGGCUUCUAGAGAGAGCACUUGAUAUAUUAAUGUUGUCUGCAUAGUUACGAUGCGAAGGGAAGUGUUUGUAUUGAAUAUUUAUAUGUACAUGUAUAUCAUAUCCAUGUUUUAUGUUUGAAAUAUCAUCAUUUUACGAUUCCUGAUUUGCAUAAAGUAUUUUUGAAAUCAGCUCAUUUCACAGCAAAGUAGGUUUUUUAUUCAAAUGUUAACAAAUCAAAAGAAAUGAAAUUAAAUACAAAUAUUUAUAUAAGUAAAAGAGUAAAAAACCAAACAACAAGAAUAGCCAACCGAACACAGCCAGAGCUUCUAGUGAGAAAAAACCUAUGAAACUUAAGCGAAAAUAGAAAUUCCAAUUGAUAUACAACAUAGAAACGUUCCUUAGUAAUUUAUACAAAGGAAACGUCUAAAGAAACAAGACACAAAUUCGAAUGAAAACAACAACAAACAUUUAUUGUAUACAAAAUAUUGAGAUUUAUAUAUUGUAGUAGUAAAAACCAAUUUUCCUAGUAAGCUAUACACUAACGAAAACAAUGAAAAUACACACAAGAAAAUCGCUGUAAAACAAUAAAUUAACACCAAAUAGCACUCCAACAGCUGCUCCCUGUCGAUUGGCCGUUUUUACUAAGUAUUUGUCAAAGCACUUUCGAAUAUCGUUUCAUGUUUUCCUUUUUUUCUCUGUUCUCUUUUGUUUCGAAACAACUUAUAAUAUAUCAUAUAUACUAUAUACACGUAUACACACACACACACAAACACAUAUAUACAUAUAUUUAACGAAUGAAAAUUAUACAAGCAUUAUAUAACUGUGUAAAUGGCAACAGCGCAUUUUUUUCCUAAUUGUAAAAAUUUGAUAUUAAAAAUUUAUAUGCAAAAUCGCAAAAAUAAAAAAGAACAAAAAGCAACAACAAACAAGAGGCGACAUUCAACUAGUAUAUAUAAAUAUACAUGCAUAAACAUUUGUCAGCGCAGAUAUGGCAAGGAAUAGGCGAAUAUAUCAACACUCCAAAUGAAAGGAAAUAAAUAUAUAUCUAUAUAUAUAUAAAGGAAAAAUUAAUCAUU